AUGGGCGACGUCUCGGGGCAGUAUCCAACGUCGUUCGACGCCUCCAAACCCGAGGAUGGGGUCAAUGGUCUGUACAACGACAUCGACAACGCGAUGGCAGACGAUGCCGAUGACGACAGCAUUGUUCCUAACGAGCCCGUGUACCCGACCUCCAAGAAGUACUCCAAUCCCACGAAGAACGAUGUGCUGUCGCUCACUCCCCCCCGACUCCUCUCAGCUGCAUUUCCUCACCGCUCAACUAUCCCAAUGCACCGCCGCAACAGAUCGCGCACCCUCUCUGGGAGGCCUCCAAAGUCGUUCUUUGCAUCCACGGCCGACACUAAUCCUUGGAAUAAGAGGCGGCCGCCCUUCACCAGGGUCCACUCCUCCCCCUCUCCCAGGUGUCCCGCUGCCGCCCCACUCCUCUUUCUUCAGCCUUCCUCCCCAGAGCUGAUCGUGUCUCCUCAUCAAUACCCAAUUGAGACUCACAACAUGGCUUCUCCUCCAGGGCCUCCGCUUUAUGCUCCCGUCGCUCAACUUGAUCAUCAGCCGGCCUUCGCCGAGCCCAUCUUCACCCCACCUAACCUGUCCUUCUGGUCACCUACCAAGCCUCCAGUUCCGCGCCCCGUUCCCAUCAUCUCUCCUCCACCAGGCUAUCGUGAAUCCCGCUUGCCUCAUGUCUUCACUCCCCUCCGCGCCCGCAAUCCGCUUGGAUCCUCUCCCUCUUACCAGCCGUAUCCCACCGCCGUAGGCCGUUGUACCAUUAACUCUCCUCCCGGUCCUCUCCCAGGAACACCCGUUCUGGGUUUCACCCCAAGUCUUAGCGAAAGUGAGCGUACGGUGUUCAUCCGUUACCGCCCCGGGUCGGUCCCCGGAUCUGAGAUCGCUAUGUUUCUUCGCCGGAAGCUCGGGAAAAUGGACUUCGAAUGCGACGACAAUAUCGGAUUGGCUUGUGCUGUUCUUGCCGAGAAGCAUGGCCGCCUCGCAAAGCCGCAACUUCACAACUACGCGCGAGCCAAGAAGCUGACCCUCGCCGUGGCCGUUAUGUGCGAGAACGUCGGCGAAACUGCGUUUUAA